CAAGUAGUUCGAAGGUUGUGGCUGACUUAUCGAACUUUAAGACCUUCCCAGAAGCUUCGUCAAGCUUUGAAUAUAUAAAUCAACCUCCAGCCACUCUCAUUUUCUCAGAGGUAAAGUAAUCUGCAAUCUUUCCUAGAGUUUGAGCUUUCAUUCAAGUUCUGUUUGUUCAUUUUCGUUCUUUCACAUAAUCUGUUUGAUGAUAUUACUCAAGUCUGAUUCUUGCUCUCUUUCUGGGUAUUUCAUUUUUCACUCUUCUUUUUUCCAAGCUUUAAUCUUUAGUGUCAAAGUUUCAUGUCAGAGUUGGGUUUUUUGAAAGAUGGGAGAAUCUGACUAGAUCUUUAUAGAUUAGGUGUUCCUAUGGAUACCCUUUAAAGAUAUUCUGUCUCCAAUCCCAUGGAGAGGUUCAAAUUUGACCAUGGCCCAGUUUCAGUCUGUCCAAAUCCCAAUCUUGUAAAUGUAAAUGGGUUCAAAAUAAAUCAUGAAUCCACCAAUCCAGUAUUACUUGCAUCCAAAUCUGAUCUUUCUAGUGAUUCAAGUAAUGAGGGUUCAGAGGUAGAUGGUCUUGAUAUCAAUGAUUGCAACCAUCCUGUACUCAAGUACAUAAGUGAUAUUCUUCUAGAAGAAGACUUGGAGGGUAAGCCCUGCAUGUUGCAGGACUGUUUAGCCCUCCAAGCUGCUGAGAAGUCUUUCUAUGAUGUCCUUAAUCAGAAGGACCCUCCUUUACCCAACCAACCCUCUAGUUUUGUGCACCAAAGCUCUGAGAGUUCAGAUGAUGAUUCCCCACAGAGUUUCCGAAACAGUAAUGGCUCUUUUGCUGUUAAGACAGAUUGGGUUUGGGAUCCGGAAUGCUCUCCCGUCCAAUCUUCUCUAUUUGAGUCUUGGUUGAAUACCCGUUUGGUUUCUGAUUCAUUGUCUGAGAUGCAAAGUCUUGGGAACUUUGGAGGUGUGGGGGAAGCAAGCAAGUUCCUUUCAAAUCCGAAACUUGAAAUGUUUGACUUAGAGAGGUUUCAAUUGAUGCCUCAAGGUUCAGUCGCAUCUGAGUCAGGGGCUGAAGGCUACAACUCGACCAAUGGAUCAAAGGGAAAGAAGACUCAUCAAAGGGAGGAUAGUCAUUUUCCAGAAGAAGAGAGAAGCAACAAGCAGUCUGCUGCUGUAGGGGAUGACUUUGAGCCACAAGAAAUGUUUGAUGAGGUUUUGCUUUGUGCUGAAAAUCAUGAUGCUAUGCUUUGUGCUGAUUAUGAGUCUUUGAAAACUGAAGGAGAUGGGAAGUUGCAGCGUAACAAGCAGUCAAAAGGAUUGAAGGCAAAGCGACAGAGUGACAUUGGCGAAGUGGUAGAUUUGUGCACAAUGCUAACUCAAUGUGCACAAGCUGUGGCGAACUUUGACCAACUAACUGCAAGUGAACUACUCAAGCAGAUAAGGCAGCACACAACCCCCCAUGGUGAUGCAACCCAGAGGUUAGCCCAUUACUUUGCUGAUGGCCUCCACGCGCGCUUGGCUGGUGCCAAAACCCCAUCGUAUUCGCCUCUUGUAAGUGUGCAGACAUCAGCUGCUGAAAUCUUAAAAGCAUACCAGGUAGUUAUUACAGCAUGCCCUUUCAAGAAGAUGUCACAUUUCUUUGCCAACAGAACAAUCAUGAAGCUAACAGAAAAAGCGACAAGGCUUCACAUUAUUGAUUUUGGUAUUUCUUAUGGAUUUCAAUGGCCUUGCCUGAUCCAACGUCUGUCCCAAAGACCUGGUGGACCUCCUAAGCUUCGUAUCACAGCCAUUGAGCUUCCCCAACCAGGUUUUCGACCUACAGAAAGAGUUGAAGAGACUGGACGUCGCUUAGAAAAGUAUGCCAAGAGAUUUGAUGUCCCAUUUGAGUAUAAUGUCAUUGCCCAGAAAUGGGAAACUAUCCGAAUUGAGGACAUCAAAAUUGACCGAACUGAGCUGAUUGUGGUCAAUUGUUUGCACCGGUUAAGGAACAUACCAGAUGAGACGGUGAUGGUGAACAGUCCAAGAGAUGCUGUCCUUAAGUUGAUAAGGAAAAUUAGCCCGGACAUAUUCAUUCACGGUGUUGUCAAUGGGACAUACAAUGCUCCCUUCUUUCUCACACGAUUUAGAGAGGCACUCCUCCACUUCUAUUCACUGUUUGAUAUGCUUGAGGCGACCAUCUCUCGUGAAGAUGAACAGCGGCUGAUGUUUGAACAAGCAAUAUAUGGUAGAGAUAUAAUUAAUGUCGUAGCGUGUGAAGGACUGGAAAGAGUUGAAAGGCCUGAAACAUACAGGCAGUGGCAGGUCAGGAAUUUGAGGGCUGGGUUCAAGCAGCUACCAUUAGACCAGAAGCUGUUGAAGGAAGUGAAGACUAUGUCAAAAGUAAUGUGUUAUCAUAAUGAUUUUAGAGUUGAUGAAGAUGGCCAUUGGAUGCUGCAGGGAUGGAAAGGAAGAACCAUCAUGGCUCUUUCUUUUUGGAAGCCUAGCUAGGAGUUUGACAGUGCUCUUUCUUUUGUUUUUUGGACGAAGUUGUUUGUUCUUGUAUUGUGAUCAUGGCUUAAUGAGGUGAUCAUCUAUUUCUAGUCCUCUCCGUGACAGAGGGCUUGAUCUAGGAUUUAUAAUCUUUUGAAGCAAAGCUUAAGCAAGGCCCUAGUUCAUAUCAUGCUAUCUACUUCUUCGCAAACAACAAUCUCGGUUGGUCAAUCAUCCAUAAUUUUGGUAGUACAAGGUACUUCCCACUUAUUCAGGUGCAGUAGCUGAUUCA